UCCACUCCAUACUUCUUUCCUCUGUCAGAACUCAUUUUUGGAUGUUUUGGCGGGUAUAUGGCAAUCCUAUCAACCUCUUUCGCUUAUGUGACCUCCAUACCUGAUGCAACAAAUAACGAGCGGAGCAAGUCAAUAGCUCGGCUUGAAGGAGCAUUAGGUGCUGGAGGAAUUCUUGGGUUUUUGAUUUCGUCACAGCUGAGAAGAAUUAGUUAUGUUAAUACUUUUUUGCUUUUCAUUGUUGUUCAUAUGUUUUGCUUCUUAUAUAUAGCUCAAAUGAAGAGCUACGAGAUAUCAGACAAUAGAAAAGGCACAGCAGAUCACAAGUGGUUUUCUGCAUUAGUAGUUUCAAGAAGAAGGAACUGCGAUUUUCGUCUUCUAGUGUGCUAUAUCGCGUUUGGGGCUUCAUAUUUUGCUCUUGUUGAUCGCACCAUUUCAGGAUCCUCCCAUAUUCUCUUUUUCUAUUUGAAACAGCGAUUUUAUUGGGAUGCUGAGUUCUAUGGAUAUCUGAGAGCUCUUACACAGCUCACCUCUACAAUCAUGGCGCUCUUCAUAUAUCCUCUGUGCAAAUCGUACGGCAUUCGAGAUGCUACGCUGGUACUCAUCGGCCUAACUGCUCGUGGCUUGGGGCGAGCUUGGAUGGCAUUGGCGUGGAAUGGAGCCAGCGUUUUUGGUGCUGUUCCAUUUGAGAUGUUUGCGCGAUUUCCAGCGACAGGUCUGCGUUCUUUGAUUUCAAACAAUGUGCUAGCUGAAGAGAGAGGGUCUGCGUUCGCAGUAGUCGCCAUUCUCGAAGGUAUCUGCAAGCUGGCUGCAGCCAUCAUCUUCCAUCUUCUCUUCCCAUGGUCGAUCUCGUUCAUGCCGCAGCUCUCAUUC